AUGCAUAAAAAUCGUGUGGUUAAUAAGGAACAGGCCCCAAAUAAAACUUUCACGGAGAAUGAGUGUCAGUGGCUAAUGCGGCGAGUGUACAAAAAUCCAGCAACAAGCGCCGAAAAGCUAACUGAAAUGGCCCAAAACAAAGAAUUUAGGCAAGACCUGCCAUCCAGAAACUGUUCGAAGAGUAGUGAGCUUUCAAAAAUCGUUUUUACUGUAUUAGCACUGGCUAUUCUAGUCGCUCAAACACCAUCUACUGAUGGUGCCAAAAUACUCGCUGUGUACGCAUUGCCAGCCAGAAGUCACUUCAUGAUGCAUCGUGCGCUGAUUAGCGAGUUGGUUAAACAUGGCCAUCAGGUCACCAUGAUAACCGCACUAACACUAGAACCUCAGAAAUUGGGCAGCAACUACACAGAGAUACUUAUUGAACCGGAAUACGAUUACUGGAAGGAUAGUGCGGAAAAAUUUGGCGCAAAUCCGCUCUUUGAAAUGAAAAAUGUAGUAUCAAAUUUAUUGAAACUGACGAAAAUCAUUUCCUUAACUGGCACAGAACAUGCGCUCAAACAGCCCAAAGUGCAAGAUAUCAUCAAUGCCAAAGAAACCGAAGGUGUCUACGAUUUGUUACUGGUAGAACAAUGCCAACAAGAAGCAUUUCUAGCAUUGGCCCACAUCUACAAUAUACCAGUAAUGAGCUCUGCAACAUUUGCCCAACAAGCGUAUAUGAGUCAGAUGUUUGGCAUUAUCACACCUUGGUCUUAUGUGCCUCUUAAUAUCCUAGAAUUUACCGAGCAUAUGACUUUCUGGGAACGUGUACAAAAUACCUAUCAUUCAUUACAUUAUGACCUCUAUCGAGAAUUUAAAAUCUUUCCAGAAAUGGAUGAGCUGGUGAAGAAAUACUUCGGACAUUUACCAAUAAAGUUCCCAAGUGUAUCGGCUAUGGAUAGGAAUUUGUCUGCUAUAUUAAUUAAUAACUAUACACCGUUAUCGUCGGCCGCUCCCACAAUAGAUAGCAUGAUCAAUGUCGGGGGCAUGCAUAUUUAUCCACCAAAGCCACUUCCCACUGAUCUACAGAAAUUUUUGGAUGAAGGAGAAAAUGGUGCAAUUUACUUCAGUUUGGGCACUCAAGUUCAGAGUAAGGAUAUGGCUCCAGAAAAGCUACAAAUUUUCCUUGACGUAUUCCGUCAACUGAAACAACACGUCUUAUGGAAAUUCGAAAAUGAUAGCAUUGCAAAUUUACCAAAAAAUGUUAUGAUAAAAAAAUGGAUGCCACAAAAUGAUAUCUUGGCACACCCUAAUGUGCGAGUUUUCAUCGCUCACGGGGGGCUGUUUGGCACCCAAGAAGCCGUGUAUCAUGCCGUGCCAAUACUAGGAAUACCAUUUUUCUUUGAUCAGUAUCUAAAUUUGAAGAAAGCUGAGCAUGGCGGCUAUGCCAUUACUUUGGAUUUCAAGACACUUACAAGUGAGGAUUUGAAGAAUGGACUGCAACAAUUGCUCUACAACUCAACCUAUCGUGACACUAUCAAACGGAUCUCGCGAAUUUUCCGCGAUCGUCCCAUGGGUCCACGGGAGACGGCACUCUACUGGAUCGAUUAUGUGAUACGUCACAAAGGUGCUCGUCAUUUGCGCGCUGCUGGUUUGGAUCUGAAAUGGUAUCAAUUUUAUUUACUGGAUGUUAUCGCACUGGCUGUAGCUGUUGUAGUUGUAGCGCUCGGAGUUGCGCUUGCGUCAUUGCGAUGGGUUUUACGAAGAAUCAAGGAUGGAAAGAUGAAACAGAAAGUGCAAUAA